CUCCCCUUCCUCCUCCCUCUCUUGUGCAUGAAUCUUGGGUUUCGUAUCUUUCCUUUUCUCUGAUGCUGUUGGUGAUGGCAUGCCCUUGCCAGCUAAGAGAGUAAAGAAGAUUGUACAGAAAGUUCUAGUGGGUGAGUUAUAUGUCCUUUGUCUAUAUCUACUUCAAUAGUUUGGAUUUCUAUUGCAAUGUUUCAGUCAAAUGGCAGCAUACACGGAAGGACCUCCAUCUCACAUCCAAUAAAUGAACUACAGAAAGAGGGACAGAGAUCUCUCAAAAUCGUAUAGAGUCCAAAAAGGAGAUUAUUCAGGACCAUGUUUGAAGAGACUACAAUCUCACUGACUACACCUGGGAAUGUCUCUUUGCCCCCUGACAUUGCACGUUUCAUACUGAUUACAGUAUACAUGCUAGCAUUUAUUGGAGGUACAACUGGAGCCAUCACAAUGUCAUUUUUGUUGGUUAAAAUGAACACACUGUCAGUGACCACCACGGCGAUUGUAAACCUUGUAGUGGUGCACAGCCUGCUUCUCCUGACAAUGCCGUUUCGGAUUUAUUACUAUAUCAGCCAGCGGUGGAUUUUCGGGCUGCCCUUUUGUAAAAUGGUGAGUGCUAUGCUGCACAUCCACAUGUACCUCACUUUUCUGUUCUACGUGAUCACGCUCAUUAUCCGGUGGCUCAUUUUCUUUCAAUGGAAGGACAAGGUGGAGUUCUACAGGAAGCUGCAUGCUGUGGCUGCUAGUGCGGCCGUGUGGCUAGCAGUCCUUGUGGUUGUGCUGCCCUUGUUCAUUGUUCGGUAUGGGAGCUCUGGGGAGUACGCAAAUGCCACAUGUUUUAAGUUCCAAAAAGAACUAAAGAGGGAGAGUGUGAAAGCCUUGAACUACAUAAUCAUCACUGCUGUAGCUACCGUCACAUGUGUCCUUCUGGGCUUGCAAGUCUUCAUCAUUUUCAAAGUAGUGAAGAAGCUUCCAGGCUCUGUCUGGUCACAUCAAGAAUUCUGGGCCCAGAUGAAAAGCUUGAUGUUCAUAUCUGUGAUCAUCAUUUGUUUCCUUCCAUAUCAAUUUUUUAGGAUCUUUUACAUAAAGCACGUGAAUGAAGAUCCCCAAUUAGAAAAUUACAAUGAAAUCUGUCUGAGCGUCACUGCCAUCAGCUGUCUUGAUUUACUCUCGUUUGUUAUAAGCGGAAGCCGUUUCUUUAAGCAAAAGAUUAUUAUGCUUCGAGACACGCUUGCAUGCUGUUAGGUUCAUUCAUCUUUUGAGACCAUCUUCCACACGACAGAGAUUAGGUGGGUGGAAAACAGAUGGCUAUGUCUGGAUUUUUUUCCCUAAAUGAUAAUUUGUGGAGACAAGUCAAAAAGCCUUAUAAAUUAUGUGUAUUUAUUUUAUAUGCCUUACACACGAUACCAGCAAAGUAACAUAUAUUCUUUGAGGAGGUGAAAUACUUGCCAGUCUUCCCAGCAUCAGCCUAGCAGUCUGAUGACUUCUAUGCUGUACCAUACUGGAGACCAAGGCUUCAGUCCCAUACCACAGAGGAAAAAGAAACUAUAGCCCAAGAUGGUCUGUGAAGAAUGUGGAGAGAAAAACAAAACAAAACACAAAAUCAAUGAAUAGUCAUUUAAAUCAUAAAAUACAUAGUGCCUAGAGCUGCAUAUGUUAUGUAUACCGUUUAUGUGUAAUAAAUUAACAACGAUUGGGAUAGAAUGUGGUGUUUCUGCAGGUCUUAGUUGAGGAAUUUUGGGCCAACACUGCAAUGCGACUUUCAAGUUCCAUUGAUCAACUCAUAAAAAGGAAGCAGAAAAUGUAUCUUUUAAAUCUCCUUCCCUCCUCUUCCGCCCCCCGCCCCCCCCAGCCCUGAACUCACUCUUUUGAAAAUGGUUUUAUGGUAGGAGGGAAAGUUAUGAUGUAUCUCUUUCCUAUGCUGCAAAAAUAUCUGCAUAAAUAAUUACAUAUCACUGGGCAUUAUAUUCAGCUCUGGCAGUCUGAAUCAAAAGCCGGUGUUUAUUCUCUUUCUUCACAGAAUUGUAGUUAAUGCUACAGAUAAUUUAACUUAGAUUAUUAUUUGCACAGCAGUUGUGUUGUUCUUCAACGUCAUUUAUUUUAGUCUCCAAGGUAACAACAAUUUCUUUUUCUAUGAUUCAGUUUUGAAGGCCAUAGUCUGGCCACUCAGAAUGUCCCUGGGAUAAAAUUAAUUCUGCAGAAUUUUGUGAUCUGGGCAAUUAAAAAAAUAUAAAAACACCGGCUGGGAUAUGCGCUGUGAUUGAGCAGGCAGUUAUGUUUCACAGUUAUUGAUGCAUGAUGAGCUGCUACUCCUACUCCUUGUAAGGAGUAAGAGAAGUUGAUGGGAGCAUUUCUCCUGUUGACCUCCUUUUGUGGGCAUGGCACCAAAGUUUGAAUCAAGGUAUGUCAAUUCCAGCUAUGCAAUUAACGUAGCUAGAGUUGCACAUCUUAAUUAGAGUUUAUCCCCUAGAGUAGACCUGGCCUAAUGAAAAAUGUAAAAAAACCCACACAAAAUACCUCUUUGUGGAAGAUACUUGAGCCCACACACCUAUUGUAUUGUAAAUAUCCCAAUAAAGAGCAUAUAUCAUUUAUAGCAAUAGAUCAGAAUAGUGGGUGAAUAAUUUUUAUUUCCAUUUCUUCAUCCUCUGCAAGUUUAAACAUUCCAUCAAGAGUCAGUUGAAUCAUUUGACAGAUUCAAUAGCAUUAGCUGGUAAAUUAUCUGAUUAAUUCCUUUUCAUGGAUCUGCCCAUGUCCCAACCUCAACACUGCGUAACCUCAUUCUUUCAUAUAUCUCACCUAUCGUUUCCUUUUGCUUCAUUGUCUAUAUGCCAAGACUCUAUAUGCUUUGUGUUGAUGUCGUCUAUUCACCUCUCUGUGCUUUCUUCCCUCAUGUUUAGAACUCCCUCCUUAGCACUCAGUAAGUCUGACCAGGUUAUAGUAUCCUGAAUGGAGAAAGACUGAGUAAUUCUCAUGUGCAACCUCUAGAAUUUGGAAUCAUCAACAAAGACUAUAACACCACGGAGAGAAGAUGAAAAUGAAAUUGUGUUGUAUUUUUUUAAUGUCAUCUUUGGUGUGCAGAAUAUACUUUGUAUGGGGUCUCUAGCGCAACUUAUACCUUUACAACACUAUAUAAAUGUUAAUAACAAGAGUAAAUGUCUUAUGAGCCAAGCCACCAUAUUCUUUCAUUCAUGUCUUUCCUACAAAUGUCUAAAUUAAAUAAAAAUGGGUUUAUAUUUAAAUUUUGUACAAUGUUAUUCUCAGACCAGAGUUCUGUACAUUAAAUGUUGAUGCUUGAAGUAAAUAUUCUGCUCACAGAUUUUUUUAAAAAUCGUAUGU